AUGAAGUUCCUCUACCUUGUCUUCGCUGUCUUCCUGCUGGUCUCCCUGGCCACUCCAGGCUACGGGCAGAUAAGGAAGCACUGCCCCAAGGUGGGGUACUGCUCCAGCAUGUGCGCCAAGGCGGACGUGUGGUCCUUCUCCUCCGACUGCAAGCACUACUGCUGCCUCCCGCCCGGCUGGAAGGGGAAAUAG